UGUAUGUGCCUGUGUGUUUGUGUGUGUGUGUGUGUGUGUGUGUGCGUGUAUGUGCCUGUGUGUGUGUGUGUGCGUGUAUGUGCUUGUGUGUGUGUGUGUGUGUGUGUGUCCGUGUUCAUCCCCGGAGGGCCACCUGUGGUCCUACACAGCCUUACAGAGCCUCCCUCUGAGUUGCACACAGCGUAAUCUCCCCUCCGUCACCGCCCUGCUUUACAGGUAAUUAGACUCGCACGCUAAUUAGCUGCAGUAAUGGGCUUAUGAGAGGAGGAGUGGGCUGGGAGGGGACAGCUGCUAACUGAUUCAUCUUCAGUCCAGUUGAUUUUUCCAGCAAGCGAGGGGAUAAGAAGAGAGGAGAGGGAAGUUUGUAAUUCAGUUUGUAGUUUUGAUGAUAGUGGGAGGAGUUCUGAUAAGUGGGUGGAGUUAACUUUCGGGGGUGGAGUCAGAUCAGCAGCUGUUUGAAGACAUUUGAAAUUUGGGGUUAGAGGCAACAUCAUGUUCUCUCAGCCAACUGCCUUGAGGGAUCAGCUCUGAUUCCAUGUACAUUAAAUCAACCCCAUGAACUACACCAGUAGAAUCACUAUCUGUGACAGAAAAGUAUUGAGAUCAGAAUCAGAGGCGCUGUAAUGUGUGUGUGUGUGUGUGUGUGUAAAGCGAGGGAUAGACAGAGUGUAUGAACCCUUAAAGUGAGUGCACGUCACUGGUGAACAGAUAGACAGGCAGGACAGAGGGACAAGUAGAUGUAGUGUAGGGGAGAGGCAAGUGUGUGUGUGUGUGUGUGUGUCCACACUGUGCUUUUGCUGGGCACACUGUCUCACCCCAGGGGGCAAACCCUACGCCAUUCUAAUGCCUGUUACUCAGCAAUGUGGAUUUGACCCCAGAUUAUCCCCUGCCAAAGGUUCUGGGUCAGGAGGGAGGGUUGAGAGUGGGGAGAGAGAGAAAGAAAGAGAGAGAUUGUAUGCAAGUGUUUUAGCAACGCAAGUUCAUGUAUCACCGGAAAAACCCAUUGGAAUUUGAAAACAAUGAAUAUUAUUAAUUUUAUUAAUGAAUAGUACUGUUAUUAAUAAAUAAUAAUUAAAUUAUUUAGAAGUAUGCAUUUAUAAAUUCUAAAAUUAUAUAUAAAUACUGUAUUAUAUAUAUAUAUAUGUAUAUAUGUAUUUGAAAUAGUUUUUGUUUUGAUGAUGCUGUUUAUUAAAACAGGAGAGGGGGAGAGAGAGAGAGAGAGAGAGAGAGAGAGGAUCAGAUUAGCUCUGUGUCGUAGACUCAAUCCGUUUUCUGGGGGAUUUGGUUGGGUCGCACUGAUUUUGUUCGCAAGAGGAGCCACACUCGAGAGGCGGGGAUUUCUGUGUGUUCCUCUGGAUGAGUGUCCUGGACCUCGCUGGGGUUUGUGCUUGUUCUGCGGUAGAGAGAUCGUCUGGUGAAGACAGCAUAUCGUUUGUGCGUGAAUGAGAGAAGUGAAAACUGGGGGGGGGUGUGUCGUAGGACAGAGGAAGACAAAGCCCAGGACGCUGACCAUGCUCUGUGUCGAUGCGAGGGGGGCGUGGAGGUCGCCCUGCAGUACGCCAAAAUGUGGUGCAAGUACGCCAAGGACCUGCUCAUCUGGAUGGACAAGAGGAUCAGUUUGGAACAAGAGUUCGCCAAGAACGUCAUGAAGGCCGCAGAGACGGCCCGGUCCAGCGUCGCACAGCAGGACAUGAUGCCGUUGCAGUACAUCUACACCAUGGCUCUGGAGCAGGAUGUGAAGAACUGCACAAACAGCAAGCAGACAGGAGAGCUUCUGCAGCAGCGCUGCUACCAGGCUCUGGCCGCCAAGAGGAACGAGAUUGACAAGUGGCGCCGGGAAUUCAAGGAGCAGUGGAGCAAGGAGCAGAGGAAGAUGAACGAGGCGCUGGCGGCUCUGAAGAAGGCUCGGCAGCAGUACAUGCAGCGCUCGGAGGACCUGGAGAAGGCCAAGGCGGGGGAGGAGGCCAUGGGGGGGCAGCGGACCCUGGACAAGAGGAGGAAGUCUAAGGACGAGGCGCAGACCAAGGUGAAGGAAGCAGAGUUGCUGUACAAACAGUGCAUCUAUGAUGCUACGAUGCACCAAGAGGAGCUGGAAAAGGCGAAGGAGCGAAUCAUCAUCCACGUUCGCAAGCUCAUCUGCGCAGGGGACACCAUGCUAAAGGAGAUCACGGUCAACAUGUUCUACUACCAGCGGAAGCAUACGGAGGAGGUUCCCCAGGGUUACCACAACCUGGAGCUGACGUGCCGGCCGGUGGAGCCGGGGGAGCCGUACCUGGGCUACGUGCGCCGCUGCCGCCGCCGCCAGCUGCCGCCGCAGACCUUCAGCUUCGAGGAGUUCGCCCCGCAGGGCAAGAGGUCACCCCCAUACCGGCGCAAGACCAGCAACUCCCUCAUCCCUGUACAGGACUCGCCCCUGAUGGAGGAGUCCCCGGCUAAACGGGCCAUCAACCUCAGCGAAAGCAGGAAAACAGGAUACAGUGACAGUGAGAGUAUUGGGGGAAGCCUGGAGUCUCUGUCCAGCCCAGCCCAUGGGAACCGCAAGCUCCCCAAAGCCCCCUCUACCGGAACCAUGUCGUCAGAUGACCUGGAUGAGAAGGACCCAGGGACUCCCUCUGAGAUGGAAUCGGCAGAGCUGUGUAAAAUACGGCCGCAGUCCAGGGCCGCCUGCACUCACAGGCUCCGGAAGAUGAAGAGCAAGAUGGGGAAGUGCCGACAGUGCGACAAUUUCAUCCUGGUCAACGGCAUUGAGUGUGAGGAGUGCGGGCUGGCCAUACACAGGAAGUGCCUGGAGGUGUGUCAGCUGGAGUGCGAGCACAGGAAGGGGGCGCUGUUUGGGGUGGAGUUCUCUCAGUUUCCACGGCAAUACCCGGAAGAGGUGCCGUUCCUGGUGCAGCACUGCACAACUGAGAUUGAGAACAGGGCCCUGGCCGUGCAGGGGGUGUACCGGAUCAGCGGGUCUAAGCCGCGGAUCCAGAAGCUGUGCCAGGCUUUCGAGACGCAGGGAGACCAGGUCGACCUCUCUGACCUCUCCCCGCACGACGUCACCUCUGUGCUCAAGCACUUCUUCAAGGAGCUUCCUGAGCCAUUGCUGACCUUUGACCUUUACCAUGACUUCAUCACGGUGGGCAAGAAUAUCCAGCGGCUGGCAGAGAAGGAGCCCAGUGCACAGACUCCUGGGAUAGUGGAGGACAUCACGCUCAGCCUGAGAGAGCUGCUGAGAAGACUGCCCCCCUACAACUACAGCACGCUGCAUCACAUGGUCACUCACCUGCACAGGGUGUCGGAGAACUAUGAGGAGAACAAGAUGUCCGUGGGGAACCUGGGCAUCGUGUUCGGCCCCACUCUCCUGCGCCCCCUGGUGUCGGGGGACAUGUCCAUGAGCACCCUGCUGGAGACCAGCUACCAGGCCCAGCUGGUGGAGUUCCUCAUCACGCACCACAGCGCCCUCUUCGGCCCCCGGCUGAGGGCCUGCACCCCCCCUCCGCCCGCCCCGACCGGGCCGCUGCCCGCCACGCCCCCGAGGCCAGCCGAGCCCGCCAACUCCGACCCCCCGUCCCGCGACCGGCCGCGCUCCCUGGAGAAUCGCACGAUCAAGAGAGACUCAAGCGAGGGCUAUAUAUCGGACAACGAGGCGGUGGACCAACUCAGCCCCGAUGCCAAUGAGAGAGCAGUCCUGGCUGUGAGGGGGGCGGGGGCCUCUCCCCCAGGUGACCCUGACGGGGGCCCGGACGUCUCCCUGGGGACCCAGCCUAGGGGCCACUUCAGCCGGAUGCCCGUCAAAUACCAGCGGCAUCACCUCCCGGCUGCGCUCCUGCGUGCUGGGGGGGGCCCGCGGGGGGGUCACUUGGGCGGGGACGAGAGGCAGGACGGCGCGGAGGCGGGGGAGACCGCGCGACCGGGGAGCGCGGACAGCAGCUGCGGGUCCUCCCCGGAUUUGGGGGUCCGCAGACAGCCCCGCAGCUGCCCAGAGAGCACCCCCGAAACCGAGAUCCUCCUGAGUAAGGCUGGACACGCCCCCGACGACCGGACGUCCAAUCAGAACCUCCCCGCUGCGGCCGAGCGGGAGGCGCGACCGGCUCUGCCGGCCGUUCGGACAUUUGCGCGUCACAAGGAGGAAGUGGGCUCUGAGGGUCGACCGGACUCGUCAGCCAAGCAGAACAGCAACCAGUCCAAUAACAGGCUGGGGGGGCGGCCCCAGGGCCUGAGUCAGUCCCUGAGGAGACCCCUGGGGGAGCAGAGGACCGCCCAAAAGAUCCUGUCCGGCCUGAAGCUCCGGCGCAGUGACUCAGGGAAUGGAGAGCAGAUCCACUAUGUAUGAGGAGGCAUGGACCUGUUACACACACACACACACACACACACUCACACACACACACACACACACACACACCUACAGAUACACACACACUCACACACACACACACUCACACCACAACACACACACACAGAU